CAGGUCCACCAGGUUGUGGAAAAACUCAGUUUUGUAUAAUGAUGAGUGUUUUAGCUACCUUACCCACCAGCAUGGGAGGAUUAGAAGGGGCUGUUGUCUACAUUGACACGGAGUCUGCGUUUACUGCUGAAAGACUGGUAGAGAUCGCAGAAUCCCGUUUUCCACUCUAUUUUAACACUGAAGAAAAACUGCUUCUGAUGAGCAGUAAAGUCCGUCUUCACCGGGAACUUACCUGUGAGGGAGUUCUACAGAGGCUUGAGUCUUUGGAGGAGGAGAUUAUUUCCAAAGGAGUUAAGCUUGUGAUUGUUGACUCCAUUGCUUCUGUGGUCAGAAAGGAGUUCGAUUCGAAGCUUCAGGGCAACAUCCAGGAAAGGAACAAGUACUUGGCCAAAGAAGCAUCCUUACUGAAGUACCUGGCUGAGGAAUUUUCACUCCCGGUUAUCUUGACGAAUCAAAUUACGACCCAUCUGAGUGGAGCCCUCCCUUCUCAAGCAGACCUGGUGUCUCCGGCUGAUGAUUUGCCCCUGUCUGAAGGCACUUCUGGAUCCAGCUGUGUGGUAGCCGCACUAGGAAACACAUGGAGUCACUGUGUGAACACCCGGCUGAUUCUCCAGUACCUUGAUUCAGAGAGAAGGCAGGAGGCGCCCUAAAGUUAUUGAACAUUCGAGGGAGGAGCCAAUAUGUUGUUGACAGGACCAAUACUAUUACUGAAGGCCCUAAUCCUGAUUUGGGCCUGUGGCUUUUCUCAAUGCCAUGGGUUAUUUGGGAUCUUGGGCUGGAGUAUCCAGUGUUUCCUUUCUGACGAUGGAAUUCUCUCAGAAUCCAUUUUGGACUUUUCAAAGACUCAGACAUCGUCACUGUGAAGACACGAGCCUUCGUCGAACCCGCUUCCCUCUGGAUCACAGUUGUACCGAGCAUCUGAGUCUCCUGCUGUACUCACAAGCCCUAAUUAGGAGCCCACCGAAGAUGCAGCUCCAGAGCUAAGGACACUGUCCGGCCCACGGGUUCUGAGAGAAGGUGAAAAAGAAAGAGGCAAACACAUCCUUCUUAGGAUGCUGAGACAAGAUGCAAGGUCCAGGCCAGCUUGGGCUGACUGGGAGCCAUUGUCAUAAAACAAAUGAAGAUCCAAGAAGCAGUCUUUGAUGAAUAUGUGAGCCCGGUCUUGAGUCACUCUUCCCCAUUUUGAAUGUUGCAGCUUAGUAGUUCCUUAAGGCAUCCGUAGUCAGCUACAGAGUCUCACUUCAGACCCGGACAACUGCAAGCUGACAUCUAUAUGGUAGUGGUAUCGGACUACUGAACACAAUGACGCUUUAGAAGCCAUCUACUGAGAGCUGUGGAAGAAUGGGAGCCUGUCUAGUCUGUCCCUAGAAUCCUCGCAGGAAUUCCUUUCUAUAACCAAGUCAGAGCCCUGAACGUGACGGGCAUCCAUGUCACAUGAGGGAGGGAUCCUUCAGAGGCAGGUGGCUUGAGCACUUGAAGGUAAACAGAAGUCCUUAAAGUAGAUUUGGGGCCUAAUAGGAGACUUUAAGCCCAUAGUCACCCAAUGGUUAACAUGAUGUCUUAGAUGCUGUAAGCCAUAGUUUUGUGCCUCUUGGCUUCCAGAUUUCUCUGAAGGUUUCUGCUCCAGAGAGAGCAGACUUCGUUGCCCUAACUCAAACAUAAAUCCUUCCCAUAGACAGCUUCCAAUUUUGCUUUUCACUCCAGCACA